AUGAUAGAUGUUAAUCAAGAUAAUGGUGAUGAUGAUGAUGAUAAUGAUGAUCGAACAGAAGCUUAUACACCACCACCACUUGAUAUAACGAAUGAUUUAAAUAAUACUAAUGAAAAAGAAAAUAAUUAUCAAGAUACAAGUUCAAUCAAACAACAAUCAAUUAUAAUAUUAGAUGAUAGUUUAGAUCAAGUAACAACUACAAAACAAAUUGAUUAUGAGCCAAUUAAUAAUUAUUGGGAUCAAUGGCCAUUAGUCGAUAAUAGAUUAAAUGAUGAAGAACAUUUAAAACUUUAUUCUAUACCUGAUAUUGAUGUACCUCCUUCUCCUUCACGAGAUAUUAUUUUAUCUCCAAAUAAACAAAUUUCUACAACAACUGAAAAUAAUAUUCUUGAUAUUUUAACAUUUCCAUCAACGUUAUCAACAUCUAAUCAAAUUAGUAAUCGCAAAAGAAAAAAAUCAUUAAACAAACAAAAGAACAAAAAGAAACCAAUGUCUGAAUAUCGGCCACCAUCACCAUUUUCACCUAAACCAGAUUAUAAAUCAAUGGAUAUUGAACAAUUAAAAAAUCAUGCUAUGCGUUAUGGUCUAUCAACUUCACAAGCUAAAGGACGACUUAUUAAAAUUCUUGAUGAAAUUUAUAAUUUUACUCAUCAAUAUGAAACUAAUACUGAUUACGAAUUUGAUACAAAUGAUAUUGAUCUUUCAAAAAAUAAUUCAAAUAAAAAAGAUUUAUCUCAUACACCACCAACACCAGCAAUUAUUUCUGAUGUUAAAAAACCAAAACAACGAAAAGCUAUUCAUCAAAUGAGUUCUUCGGAUGAGGCUGAUGAACAUCCACCACCUUCCAUCAAGAAAUCAACUCCAAUAACAACAGUCGAGAAUAAAAAUGAUAAUCAGUCAGAUGUGGAUGAUAGAGAUCAUGAAGGUCAUUUUCUUGAACUUACAGUUUAUAGUCUUUCAUUAUCAACAACAUCCUCUAGUUCGUCAUCGAUUAUUGUUACUUUACCGACUCGAACUCGAAAUGAUGGUCAUCUCAGUGAUUCACAGAGUAAUUUAUUUUUUUCAAAUUUUAUAAUUAAUAUAUGA